AUGGCACAGCCUGUAGUUCAGACGAUCCAUCGGGAUCCCGCCCUGUUCUGGUGGAUACUUCUCCCCAUUACAGUGGUUAUGGUCCUCACCGGCAUCCUGCGCCACUACGCCAUGACUUUACUCCAAACCACGCCCAAGAAACAGGAACUGGCCAAGAUCCGGCAACAGCGCUCCCUCAUCCGCGGCGUCAACCUGCGAACGAAUGCCCAGGUGCUUUCCCCCAAUGCCUUUGCUACGCGUAAAGCCUUCAUGGUGCAGGCCUACCAAGAAGGCAGGUUUCUGGCUGAGCCGGAGCUGAGAGGGAAACCGAGACCGAAUCCUAUGAGCGACCCGGCGGCCAUGGAGGGCAUGAUGGGCAUGAUGAAGGGACAAAUGACGAUGAUGAUUCCGCAGACGCUGAUUAUGGGGUGGAUCAAUGCCUUCUUUUCGGGCUUCGUUAUUAUCCUCGCUAACCGAUACUACUCCACAGUGAAACUACCCUUCCCGUUGACGCCACAGUUCAAGUCCAUGCUUCAAUCUGGAGUGGGAACCCGUGAUCUUGAUGUCAGAUGGGUAUCCAGUUUGUCGUGGUACUUCCUUACCCUGUUCGGACUGCAGCCCGUUUAUAACUUUAUUCUCGGAAGCAACAAUGCCGCCAAUCAGGUCACGCAACAGAUGGCCAUGGCCAAUCCAGGCGCGGGUGGCAUGAUGGGUCCAGAGCAGGAUCCAGAUAAGCUCUUCUUGAGCGAAGCUGAGAAUCUCGAGGUGCUGGAGCACCGAUGGAUUCUGGAUGGCAUUGAAGAGCGUCUCAUUGCCAAAAUGGGAGCGUGAUAUUGACCCAUUGGCAUAGUCAGUUGUCUAUAGCACAGCCAUCAAGUCGUCGAUUGGCAUUCGUACAUAUCCAGAGAAAAGACGUAAAAAGUACCAUCCCACGCGCCACUGCGCAGUAGUACCUGAGCAAGAUGACCGGCGCGAGAUAGCCAGUUUCCAUGACUGUCAUGUUCAUGUCGCAGUCGUACGUUUUGGGUACCACUGGUGGUAUGGCUUGCAGGCAUAGCCGGACAUGUGCGGGGAUAAGCAUGUGGAACGAAUGACAUGUUCUGCGAGUAGCUAAUUUCACAUGCUUCAACACCUUGUCAAUCCCCUG